AUGGAUUCAUCUGAGGUGGUUCGAUCCUUCAACGCUAGCACCUCAGAUUACACAACCUGCACCCCACUCCCAAGCUUACACAACCUGCACCCCACUCCCAAGAUUACACAACCUGCACUCCACUCCCAAGCUUACACAACCUGCACCCCACUCCCAAGCUUACACUACCUGCACCCACUCCCAAGCUUACACUACCUGCACCCACUCCCAAGCUUACAUAACCUGCACCCCACUCCCAAGCUUACACAACCUGCACUCCACUCCCAAGCUUACACAACCUGCACCCCACUCCCAAGCUUACACUACCUGCACCCACUCCCAAGCUUACACUACCUGCACCCCACUCCCAAGCUUACACUACCUGCACCCCACUCCCAAGCUUACACAACCUGCACCCCACUCCCAAGCUUACACUACCUGCACCCACUCCCAAGCUUACACAGCCUGCACCCACUCCCAAGCUUACAUAACCUGCACCCCACUCCCAAGCUUACACUACCUGCACCCCACUCCCAAGCUUACACUACCUGCACCCACUCCCAAGCUUACACAACCUGCACCCCACUCCCAAGCUUACACUACCUGCACCCCACUCCCAAGCUUACACUACCUGCACCCACUCCCAAGCUUACACUACCUGCACCCCACUCCCAAGCUUACACUACCUGCACCCCACUCCCAAGCUUACACAACCUGCACCCCACUCCCAAGCUUACACUACCUGCACCCACUCCCAAGCUUACACAGCCUGCACCCACUCCCAAGCUUACACAACCUGCACCCCACUCCCAAGCUUACACAACCUGCACCCCACUCCCAAGCUUACACUACCUGCACCCCACUCCCAAGCUUACAUAA